GGAGUUUGAGCUUCUGAAGUCCUCUCUGGCAGAAGAAAGUGCACUCCGGUGUUAGUGCAGCCACGAUGUCGGGUGUGCAGUCAAAAGCAGCCAGGCUUCCAAAGGAGCCCAAGGAAAAGCCGGUAGCAGGCGCGGACAGGGACAUGGACAGGGACAUGGCCCCAUCCGUGGAUUUAAAGUACAACGACGUAUCGGCAGCCAUGAUGAAGAAGUUUAAUGCUUUAAUGGAAAUGCAAGACAUGAUGUUUGUAGAGAUGAGGGAAAGCCUAAAAAAUGAUCUAAAGGAAAUGCUGGUUAAACGUACACCACCUGAGGUGAAGAGUCCGGAGGACCGGGGAGAGCAGCGAGAAGGAAGAGAUUCAGCCUCAGAAUGGCCAAAGCCAGGAGAGAAAGUGGAGGAGGAAAGUUCUGGAACAGAUGAGGACCCUGGAAACCUCACCGUGAAGAGCGAGAACAAGAGUCAGCUGAGUAGGAAGCAGGACAAAAACCAGCCCCACAGCAUCCACACCGGGAAGCCAUCACUAGAGAGGAUGGGAGAAGCCCUGCAGCGUGUGGUUGACUGGUGUAGCGAGAGCGGUGGCCAUGCAGGCGUUCAAGGCGAGGACCCGAAGAAUGGGGAGGACAAACCAGCCAAAGAAACAAGCUACCAUCAGAAUAAAGAGAACCCCCCAAAUGCCCCCGGAGACGGCAGCGUGCCGGAAGCGGGAGCCACCCUCAGGCUGGCUGCUGACUUCUCAGCAGCCACGCUGGAGAUCAGUAAGCGGUGGGGCAGCAUCUUCCGCCUUCUGAGGGCGGAGGGGCUGGAGCCUGAGCUGCGGUGCUCGGUUAAGUUAGCGUUUAAAUGUGAGGGUGAAGCAAGGACUUUCUCCGACCUUGACAGCCUCCGCCAGUUUACCAGCAGAAAGCCUUUUCUGAAAGAAUUACUGAAAGAUGUACUCCCGCCAAACGGAGCAAGAAACGGAGGACGCAGAAAUGAGCUUCAAGAAAGAUGGGGUAAAACUCUAGGAGACACAAAGCACGAAGCUGGAAGAAUAGCAAGUGAUAGUUUGAGUUUCCUAUUCGUCAACGAGGUAGAAGUUGCUAGUCCAAGCAUGAAGACUGAUGAAGAAGAAACAUUGGAAUCGAAGGAUAAAGAAACCCUCAAGUUGGAGAGGCAGGAGGCCUCAAGCCUAGAGGAGGAGGAAGAAAUCAUAGACGUGGAAAAAAUUUCUGAGGGAGAAGCCUCAGAGAUGGGAGAGGAAGAGGGCUCAGAGUUGGAGGAAGAAGAGGAGUCAGAGUUGGAGGAACAGACCUCGGAGGAGGAGGAGGAGGAUGAGGAUGAAGAGGGAGAGGAGCACUCAGAUCUAUCGAAGGAGGAAGAGGCCUCUGUCCUUCAUGAAACAGAAGACUCAACCUUCGAAGGCCUUACUGUGGUCGGAGAGCAUGGAGUUGAGAAAAUCACUAGGACUGGUGAGAUUAGUUUAAUUAGUUUGAUAGUAGAUUCUGAAUCAGAAGAAGAAGGAAAUGUAAAGACGACUAAGAAAAAGGAGACCUUCCAUGGACUUAAAGAACUUGCCUUUAGCUACUUGGUUUGGGACUCUAAAAAGAAAAAACUGGUCAAGUGCCAGCAGGGAGGAGCCACCGCCAUGACCAGUCAGGGGAUCAGGACGCCCUGCCUAACCUUGUACUUGGCUUCUCCAUCAGAAUUCCUAGAGGCAGGCAGUGAUGGUCCCAAAAGCCAUUCACGUACAAACCCCAGUGUCCCGUCACAAGUCACUCCACUGUUAAUGAACAUGAAGAAAGGGAGAUACAAGACCCCGCAAACAGAAGAGCUCACAGCCAAGGAAGCGGACUUGAUUCGUGAAACCGAGGAGAACUUCAGAAAAAGUGUGGUCGGUACUAUCAGGAAGAUGCAAAGGGAGGUGGAAAACAUCAAGAAACUUUACUUUUUCGAUGUCUUAAAUAUGAAGAGCUCCAUGGAUGAUCUGUAUUCCUUAGCGUGCAUGAUUGAAGCAAGAGUGAAUGAGCAGGAAGAUGCAGUGGAGGGGCUGACUAAGGAGACCGUGGAGUUGGCCAAGGAGAUUGUGGAUAAAGAAAGGUUGAGAGAGAGAGAGGAUAGACUGCGGAGCUCCAACCUCCGAGUGAUAGGAAUCCCAGAGAAAGAAAACCGAGAGAAUGGCGCAGAGGACAUAAUUAAGGAAAUAAUGGAAGAAAACUUUGCCGAGCUAGAAGACCAGGGUCUCGAGAUUGUCUGCGCUCAUCGAAUCCCUAAUGCGGUGGAUGAGCACAGACUCACACCUAGACACAUCUUGGUGAAGUUUUGGAGUGCUGGUGAUAAACAGAAAAUCCUAAAAGCUUCUAGAGCAAAAAAAGAAAUAACCUACAGAGGGUCAAAAAUCAGACUGACAGCCGACUUAUCACCUGGCACGAUAGAUGCGAGAAGUCAGUGGUCCGGGAUCAUUAAAAUUCUGCAAGAGGAAGGCUUUCAACCGAGAAUCCUUUAUCCUGCCAAGCUGGCAUUUGAUUUUAAGGGUAAAACCAAGAUAUUUUUUGAUAUUGAAGAAUUUAAGAAGUUUAUUUCUGAUAUCCCCUUUCUGAAAGAGCUGUUGAACAAUAUAGUUUAGCAAUCUGGAGUACUUUCUAUCCACCAGAAUACAUCCAAAAACCAAGUAAAAUUGGAUGCUGGACCAUCACAUCUCCGUCCAAAAGGACAGACAGCUGGCUUUUUUUUUUUUUUUUUCUUUUCCCCAGGGACAGGAGAAAGCAAUUCACUAUCUGAAUGUUGGUUGAGUUAACGUAUGUAGCAUUUUAAAAUGGCUAUCCACCCUGGUGAGGAGGCAUCUUCUGAGUGUAAACACACAUGGGGAAAAGAACUGGAGGCCACGGUGGGGUGGGAAAUGGCAGAUAGGUUAGACUAGAGUAGCUGUGCAGCCCGGCUGAAUCAACACAUUA